AUGCUUUUCUUCUUGAUCACUUGCUCCUUUUCCUUCAUUUUCUUCUACAAGUCCCUUGUCUUUAAGCCACUCCCACCUUGGGCUUGUGAGAUGAGAAUGCUUUCUCUCUGGUUCUUGAAAGACUUCUCGUUUUUCGCUGUCACCAAGUCGUUGCGGAACACCGUCUUAAGCGUUGUUUUCUCACUUUUUGCUUCACUAACGUUAUCUGAGAAAGCGGCCCUUUGUUCUCGAAUCAAGAGUUUAGAGAAAACGCCCGAGAUGUCCGUAUUGGAUUUGCCGGACCUCGUUUUAGAAACGAUUCUCGAGAAGCUUCCGCCCGAGGGGCUAUGCAAAAUGGCAUGCGUGUGUACCUCUUUUAGGGAUUGGUGUAUGAGUGAUCACUUGUGGGAAAAGCACGUAAAGAACAAGUGGGCUCGAGUUGUCGGACCUGCUGCAUAUAAAGAAUGGCAGUGGCAAAUUGCUUCGGGUAAAGGUUCAGCCUUUUCCGGUCAACACAAGAACAGGGGUCUAAUGGGUUAUCUCAACCACCUGUGGCCAGUUGUAUUGAUUAGGUCUAGUUUAAGGGGUAACAUUAACAAGAAGAUGAGUUUUUGCCCGACGGUCUCCACUUCUAUAAUGCCGUGGUAUUUUGCUCUCGAGUCUGGCAAGUUUUGGUUCCCAGCUCAAGUCUAUAACCGUGAGAAUGGUCAUGUUGGAUUUAUGUUGUCGUGCUAUGAUGCUGAGCUUUGCUAUGAUGUUAAGACAAAUACUUUCCAGGCCAGAUAUCCGCCACAUGGACGACGGCCAAGUGCAAUGGAGAUCGGUGUAACGUGGGAUAGACUUAGAGCUUCCCCUGUUGUUACAUCUCCGCAUGAUCUUCACAUAUCUGAUUGCUUAAAUGAGUUGAGACCUGGCGAUCACAUUGAAAUCCAAUGGAGAAGAAACAAGGAAUUUCCAUAUGGUUGGUGGUAUGGUGUGGUAGGUCACCUUGAUACAUGCGAUGGGAACACGAAUUACUGCCGAUGUCACGAAAGUGAGACAGUGGUUGUAGAGUUCAAGCAGUACAGCCGUGGGUCCCGUUGGAGAACGACAAUUGUCAAUAGGACAGAGCACCGGGAGGAGGGUACCGAGACCGAUGGAUUUUACGGAGGACUCCGGAAAAUUUGUGGUGAUGAAGAGAUCUCUGCAUGGAAAAGGCUAUGGCCAUCUCAAAUACUGGAAUAG